AGAGCAUCCUUCAAAAGUCAACUGUCAAAAAUUGUCAUGUCUGAAGAGAAAUGCGUAUGAUUUUUUUGCUGAAAUUGGAAAAUCGGAUAAUCGGGUUUUCUCUGGAGAAGGAGCAAUACAAAAACCUGUUUUUGUGAUACACAUCAGCUUCAGAUGUAGUUUAGUAACUGUCGAACAAAUAUACAAGAGAUCAACUAUGUAAAAGUGUCAAUUUCUGAAGUUGGAUAUAUCAACAAAUAAAAUGUUUGAGAAAAACUCCAGAUUUCCAGAGCCUGAACAAAUAGCAAAUAAGCACAGCUGAUCUAUUUUUAUCAGUUGAUUCAUCAACGAUCUCGUACCGAACAAAUGAAAUGAUGGAAUCUAUUUUUCAUGAAAAGCAAGAGGGAUCCCUUUGUGCUCAGCACUGCCUCAACUCUCUCCUGCAGGGUCCUUAUUUCACAGCUGUUGACCUCAGUACCUUAGCUCAGAAGUUGGAUGAUGAAGAACGUCAGAGGAUGGCUGAAUCUGGCGAAGAAAGUGAGGAAUACCAAAAAUUUUUACAGCAACCUUCUGGAAAUAUGGAUGAUAGUGGAUAUUUCUCAGUACAGGUGAUAAGCAGUGCUCUACAAGUAUGGGGCUUAGAACUGGUGCCUUACGGUAGCGAAGACGAACGAAUAAAAACGGACGAUCCUUCGAAUAUGAAAGCGUUCAUCUGUAACUACAAAGACCACUGGCUUACUAUUCGUAAAAUCGGAAAUCAGUGGUUCAAUUUAAAUUCCUUACUGCCAAGACCUGAACUAAUAUCAAACACCUACCUAGUACUAUAUCUCGCCCAGCUGAGGAAUGAGGGAUAUUCGAUAUUCGUGGUGUUUGGGGAAUUACCGGAGUGUACAGCAGAUGAAUUAUUGAGGCACAACCCAGUAACAAUGGUUACAUCAAGGCCAGCAUAUCGUUCAACAAUAUCUAAUGAGAGUGAUCCUGACAUCCAGGCAGCUCUACAGAUGAGCUUGAAAGCUGACGGUCCAUCAACAUCUUUCCCACCUUCUUCAGAAGAGGACGAUUUGCAGAAAGCGAUGAGGUUGAGCAUGGAAAAUUUUAACAGUAGUCCCGAAGAGGACGACGAAGAAUCAUUACUAAAAAAAGCAAUUAAUAUGAGCUUGCAAUGUUAAUAAUUAUAAAUUUUAGAUCUGUUGUACAUUGUAUAUAUGUUUAUUUUACAGAUAUUUGAGGUAUGAAUAUUUUUACUAAUUCGUUGGAAAACAUAAAGAGAUUUGGAACAAAUGGCGCAUUUCACUUGUCGUCGUGCAGUAUACUGGGUAUCCAAUAAGUACCACGACAAACUUAAGGAGAAGGUAGGCUUUGGGCUGACCUCCCAAAAACAAAAAGGUGGCACCGUUUUUGAGAUAUUGAAAUUUUUCUUAAAUUUAAAAAAACGAACGUUGGUAAUGUUAUGUCGUCUUUUGAAUCGUUCUAACCAGCUUCAACUAAAUUUAGGUUCUUCACUCAGUUCUGCAUAUUUCAAUAACCUCGUUCCAAGGGCUUCAGCCUUCGAUUGCGUUAUAGCACCACUUAAGGUUACUUUUUCAUUUCUCUGUUGAGAAAACCAUUUUAGAAGUCCCUGAUCAACUUUAUAAUUCGUGGGCUUUUUAAUUUUCUUCACAUUUAUGUUUUGGACUUUCUCAGUAUUUUGUCUUUAUUUUUCCAAAUUGUACCACCUGUAAUUAAAAUGAAAAAUUGGAAAUCAAAUUCAUAUCUCAGAGUGCUUAUUUAUGUAUGUUUAGGACAUGCUAUUUGCAGUACUCACCGUUGAUUUACUUAAUCCCAUUUCAGAACAAACUUCACUUUGCUUCACACCUCAUUGCAAUCUUUCGACGAUAUCGUAUUUACUAUUUAAAGUAAGAGCUUUACGUGUUUUCUUAGAAAUUGCGUCACCCAUGAUUUUAAGAGUGCAGGACACUGAAUACAACGAAUAAAGAAGGUAACAGACUAAAUGGCAGAUGCUGACGAUUGCUCAUACCCCACCACCCGGUCGGAAGAUAUCGGUUACCUAAUUCUGGUAAAAUCCAGUUUUACGGUCGUUAUAACCGAAAAUUUUUACAAAUAUAUCAAACAUUUAGGUUCGUUUUAUCAGGUUCGUUAUAUGCGAGAAACAUAGCACACCUUUAAUAUAAUUUCAGUCGGUUCGUCAUAAACGGAAGUUCGCAAUAAACGGGUUUGUAUAUGAUAAAGCAACUAUCUAGAAGUAUUUUAUAGGAAAAAUGAACAAAAUAUAACAUGCAGCUGAAGACCACAGAUGAAAAGGUUCGUUUUUAUAAAAUUUAAGAAAAAAUUCAAUAUCUCUAAAACGGUGACACUUUUAUAUAGGUUUUUGUUAUUUGGGAGAUCAGUCCAAAGCCUACUUUCUCCUUAAGUUUGUCGUGAUACUUAUUGGACACCCUGUAUAAAAAUUCUACCUCACUAUGCUGUUGCUAAUCAGUGAUACUAUUUAUUUGUAAUUUUAUAAAUACUUGACAAAAUG